AUGUUCGUGUUAUUUGUAUUCUUAUUGUUUAUACCUAAUUUUAUUCAAACAUGCGAGUUAACAUUUUAUAAAGACGAUGAACAACCAUUGUAUUACAUGUACGAAGGAGACAAAAGACAGAUUGAUGGUUCCCUGAACAAUUGUUCCAAGUAUUUGACAAUCAAAACAAUAUCAACAACGAAUAAUUUAUUAAAAAAAAUGAGUGUUCAAAAUGUAAAUUCGACAUCUGAUGGAACAUUUAUCAAUAUUACUGUUCAAGCUAAACUCCUUGGUUUUGCCAAUGUGACUGUUCAUGUAUAUUUAGAGCGAAAAAAUGAAACAGUAUCGAUCGAUGAGAAUUCAUUAGAAAAUCACGCAUGUAGAAAUUCAUUUCCAUAUAAAGAUGACCUGUUGAGAAAUUGUCCAUCGUUGAUGUAUGAAAAUGGUUCCUAUGUAUUGAAUAAAACAAUCCAAAUAGCUGUAAAACGUCGUCAAACAAUAAUCGAUAUUUUAUUUACAACUAUUGUUGUUGUUCUUGUGGCGAUUGGCACAUUUUGUAUUGGCUGUGGUCUUCUAAUUGAACAAUUAGCAUCCAACAUUCGUCAUCCAUUACCGCUUCUUGUUGGUCUGUUUUGUCAAUUUGUUUUUGCGCCCUUACUAGGCUUCGGGAUUGCUCGAAUAUUAAAAUUGGAUCAUCCGGUGAGUUUAGGUAUUUUAUCCACUGCAAGUUGCCCUGGCGGCGGUAUGAGCAGCAUUUAUACGGCAUUAUUAGGUGGUGAUGUUGACUUAAGUAUUUCUAUGACUUUUGCAACUACAGCUGCAGCAUUUGGUACGUUUCCUUUUUGGAUAUGGGCUCUUGGACGAACAUUCAUCGAUUUUAAACUAGCAAAAUUUCCAUGGUGGAAUAUGUUUUUAUCUUUAACGACAUUAUUAAUACCUGUAUUAGCCGGAUUACUUACACGACGAUACCGUCCAGUUAUGGCUAAUAGAGUGGGAAAAUUUCUAAAUCCAAUUGGUGUUGGAUUUUUAGUUUUUGUGCUAACAUUCGGCGUUUAUAUUAACAUGUAUAUUUUUUACCUAGUUGAUUUUAAAAUGAUAAUGGCAUGCUGUUUUCUACCGUGGUUUGGCUUUAUUGGAGGCGCUAUACUAGGCCUUAUAACUACUCAAGAUAAAAAGAGAGCAAUUGCCAUUUGUAUUGAAACAGGAUUACAAAAUACGGCUGCUAGUAUCUUCUUUUUACGUCUCACAUUUCCUCAACCAGAAUCGGAUAUAGCAUUAACAGCACCUUUGGUCAUAAGUAUGGCUACUCCAAUACCGUUUAUUUUAAUGUUGAUAGCUAAAAGCCUUUAUCUAAAAUGUUGUGCUAAAAAGAAGACAAAUAGGAAAAAUGUCUCAUUAUUGCAACAGAAAACCUUGACCGAAACAAAAAAACAACAUGCAAAAACUUCUCACAUAGAAAAUGAUAAAAAAGGACCGUCUGAUUCUAGUCAAAUAAAAAAUAUGGUAGAAGAAAAUCUUCCCUCGUCCGAACCAUAUCCAUUAUUAGGUUAG